AUUAAACGAUUAAUCAAGUUUUUUAAUCAAGAUCGCCAAAAUGUUCCGUGUACUCUUCAGUCUCUUCGCAGUCGCCAUGUGCGUGGUGAAUGCCACUCAUCCACCCACGAACUGUGUAUGCGAGUGCUCUCGUGAUGAUAGAUUCCCCUUCUGGGCUCUAAAGGACUUUGUCUGCCUGCCAUUCCAUAACCAGUGCUUCAUGCAAAAGCAAAACGAUGACAGAGUCGCGAAUGGACAAACCCCUAUCAUAUAUGUGGGCGCUAACGUCUGCAAGCCAUACAUUGUGAAGAAGUGCCCCAACACAAAGGUAAUUGCUGAGAUCUCAAUGCCUCCGGCAUGUGGCUGCCCCUACAAGGCUGGACCCAUUGUCAACAAGACCUUCGACAGCUUGUGCCAUCUGAAUCAGUACUCGAUUGAGCAGAACUUGCCUUACUUGGGCUGCUGGAUGCAGGAAGAUCUCUCCAAAUGCUAUCUAAACUGAUCUGAUGCUUGUUUUGUUCUAUAAUGUUACCGAUUUUUAAUUGAAUAAAGUUUUCUCAUGAUGCAUAA